GCGUGCGCGCCCCGGAAGCGGAAGCGAGCACCCGUUUCCGGGCGGCUGAUUCGAGGAGUUGUUUUGUCUCCGGCGGCACCUGUGAGGAGCUGCUUCGAGGCAGGCCAUGCCUUCGGAGGGUCGCUGCUGGGAGACCCUGCAGGCGCUGCGCAGUUCGGACAAAGGUCGCCUGUGCUACCACCGCGACUGGCUGCUGCGGGGCGAGGAUGUUUUAGAAGAAUGCAUGUCUCUUCCCAAGCUGUCUUCUUACUCUGGGUGGGUGGUAGAUCAUGUCCUACCUCACAUGCAAGAGAACCCUCCUCCUUCCGAGACUUCAGCAUCCCCUAGAUCUACUUCAGCCCUCGACCAACCUUCGUUUGUUCCCACAUCUCCCAUAAGAGACCGUGCCUUCUCAUCAGCCUCCUCAGCAACGGCGAAUGGAACCGAGGACAAACAUGAGUCUCCACAUACAGAACCUCUGGUACUUCAGUCCUCCCGGGGGAUCAAAGUGGAAGGCUGCAUCCGAAUGUAUGAGCUGGUGCACAAAAUGAAAGGAGCAGAGGUCUUGAGGCAGUGGCAGGAGGAGCAGGAGAGGAAGGUACGGGCUCUGUCUGAGAUGGCAUCGGAACAGCUGAAGCGGUUUGAUGAGCGGAAGGAACUGAAGCAUCAUAAGGAAUUCCAGGACUUACGGGAGGUGAUGGAGAAGAGCUCCAGAGAAGCCCUGGGGCAGCAGGAGAAGCUAAAAGCAGAACAUCGUCACAGAGCAAAGAUUCUUAACCUGAAGCUGCGGGAGGCAGAGCAGCAGCGCCUGAAGCAAGUGGAGCAGGAGCGGCUCCGGAGAGAGGAAGGCCAGGUGCGCCUGCGGAGCCUCUAUGCCCUGCAGGAGGAGAUGCUGCACCUCAACCAGCAGCUCGACUCCUCGGACCAGCACAGAGACCUGCUGAAGGUCGACCCGUCUGCCUUCCAGACCCGAGGCAACCAGCUGUGUGGCCUCAUCUCAGGCAUCAUCCGCACCACUUCUGAGAACGGCUUUCCCACUGCAGAGGACCAGGCUGUGGCAGAGAGGGCGCUGCAGGAAAUGCGGGACCUCCUUGCGAACUUAGAGCAGGAGAUCACCAGGGCCCAGGAGGACAGGAGGAGGCAGGAUGAAGAGGAGGCCCGGAUAAAGCGGCAAGAGUCGCAGAUGCAGCAGGGGCCAGAGGCCCACAAGGAGUCCCCAGCUCCCAGCCAGGGCCCAGGAGGGAAACAGAUUGAAGACCUCCAGGUGAAGGUGCAGGACAGCACGAUGCAGUGGUACCAGCAGCUGCAGGACGCCUCCAAUCAGUGUGUGUUGGCCUUCGAAGGACUGACCAACAGCAAAGACAGUCAGGCCAAAAAGAUAAAGAUGGACCUCCAGAAGGCUGCCACCAUCCCCGUGAGCCAAAUCUCCACCAUUGCAGGCUCAAAGCUGAAGGAGGUCUUUGACAAGAUCCACAGCUUACUCUCUGGAAAACCUGUUCAAUCCGGUGGGCGCUCUGUGUCGGUCACACUUAACCCACAGGGUCUGGACUUUGUCCAGUACAAACUGGCGGAGAAAUUUGUGAAACAAGGGGAGGAGGAGGUGGCCUCCCACCACGAAGCAGCGUUCCCCAUCGCGGUCGUGGCGUCCGGGAUCUGGGAGCUCCACCCCAGAGUGGGGGACCUCAUACUCGCUCAUCUGCACAAGAAGUGUCCUUACUCUGUUCCUUUCUAUCCAGCUUUCAAAGAGGGAAUGGCUCUGGAAGAUUAUCAGAGGAUGCUUGGCUACCAGGUGAAGGAUUCCAAAGUAGAACAGCAGGACAACUUUCUAAAACGCAUGUCUGGGAUGAUCCGUCUCUACGCGGCCAUCAUCCAGCUCCGGUGGCCCUAUGUAAACCGACAAGAGACUCACCCUCAUGGCUUAAAUCAUGGCUGGCGCUGGUUGGCACAGAUCUUGAACAUGGAGCCCCUGUCGGAUGUGACGGCUACCCUCCUCUUUGACUUCUUAGAGGUGUGUGGGAACGCCCUCAUGAAGCAGUACCAGGUCCAGUUCUGGAAGAUGAUACUUCUCAUCAAAGAGGACUACUUCCCCAGGAUCGAAGCCAUCACAAGCUCAGGACAGAUGGGUUCCUUCAUACGCCUCAAGCAGUUCUUGGAGAAAUGUUUGCAGCACAAGGAUAUUCCUGUCCCCAAGGGCUUUCUGACUUCCACCUUCUGGCGUUCCUGAUGUCACUCCGUUUGUCACCAUGUUGCAAGGGGGCAAUAAUAAAGCCACUGAAGACAGCUGUAUUUGGGAGAAGUCGUGUAACUCUGUAUUUUUAUGUGUUUGUACGUCGUGGCUUGGGAAGAGAUUUUUGUGGGUCACAAAUCUAGACGGUCCCUUAGUAGAUUGAUGACCCCUUAAGGGGGGGGGGCACGCAACAGAGUAAAUGGAAUUGGCCUUUCUCAUUUUUACAAAAAACUUGCAGAACAAAAGAAAAUUAUGAGAAGAUUUUAGCACUUGAUCUCAUCCUGUUUCCUUUGUCUCCAGCAUCUUUUAGAAGGCAGGUUGAUACUGUGACCAUUUCACAUUUCACCCUCAGCUGAAGUGACGUGCCACUUUCACGCCACCCCCAGCCCCUCCCGCAUGCUGCUCUGUUCAGAAGGAUGUCCGGAAAGAGUAAAGACUCAUGCAGUCCCUGUACAGUAUCACUGGGACGUUGAGGCCCAGAUCCUUAAAUGCAAGACUGGCUGAUGGUUGUUUGGCCUUAGUCCACUUGUGAAGAAAUUAGAAAUUCAGAAGGAGUUACCAUCGCGGCGCAGCGGAAACGAAUCCCACUAGGAACCAUGAGGUUUCGGGUUCGAUCCCUGGCCUUGCGCAGUGGGUUAAGGAUCCGGCGUUGCCGUGAGCUGCGGUGUAGGUCAUAGCUGCGGCUCGGAUCUGGCUUUGCUGUGGCUGUGGCGUAGGCCAGCAGCUACAGCUCCGAUUAGACCCUUAGCCUGGGAACCUCCAUAUGCCUCAGGUGCGGCCCUAAAAAGGACAAAAGACAAAAUUAAACAAAACAAAACAAAUUCAGAAGAAAUGCCUGAUGCAGACAUGGACUAAGUCCCAAAUUGCAUUGGUGAGAGCUUAGUGUCUGGAUCAGGAUGGUCAACGCAAGUUAUACUGAACCAGUUGUCCUUUUAAUUUGGAAUUUGGUUCCUGGGUGGCUGAGGAUGCAUGCACCAACUUUUUUGUUUUUCAUUUUGAAUUAAGAUGGGCUGUGAUGGGUCCUGCAGCGUUAUACGCGUGCUGAGCAUCCAUGAGCAAUAAAUCAGGGGCUUCACAAAGGUGUUGGGGAAGAAUUGAGAGCUGCCUUACAAUUCUGUACCUGUUCUGAGUAACGAAUGAUGACAGAUUUGCCUGAUUAAAGCCACUGCAAAAAUCGCGUCUGGCUGUCGAGAUAAGAGUUGAGGUUUGCCUUAUGGAAGGACUCAUUCUCUUACUCUGCAGAGGCAGUGGCCAUGGAACCUGUUUCUCUACACUAAAUGCUGUAUGUGGGGAUGUGUUUGGGGGCGGGAGCAAUUCCCUGGUUAUCUUGAGCAGUUUGAAGCUAACCAUUCUAUGAAUUGUUGACCAUGGUGCCAAAAAAUAAGUAAUAAAGUUUGGUUUUUAAAAACUCA